AUGGUUUGGUUCCAACUAAAUCAGCUUUUUUCCUUCAGCCGUCUUUUCUUCUCUGUUUCAGCAGAUGUUGGUCUGCAGGAGGUUCUAGAGGAACAUAAGAUCAGUCUGAGGCGGAGGUGUGAACGUGUGACUGAAGGAAUUGAUGAAACAGGAAGUAGAACCCUCCUAAACAGGAUCUACAUUGAUCUCUACAUCACAGAGGGACAGAGUGAAGAGGUUAAUACCCAACAUGAGGUGAAGCAGCUGGAGAGAGCUUCCAAGAUCCAGAACCUCCAUGGUUCUCCAAUCAGGUGCCAGGACAUCUUUAAAGCCUUCCCUGACCAACAUAGAGCCAUCAGAGUGGUUCUGACCAAUGGCGUCGCUGGUGUUGGAAAAACCUUCUCAGUGCAGAAGUUCAUACUGGACUGGUCAGAGGGCUUUGAAAACCAAGAUAUCAGUGUGGUGGUUCUUCUUUCCUUCAGGGAGCUGAACCUGAUCAGAGAUCAGCAGCACAGUCUUCUCACGCUGCUCCAUGUUUUCCAUCCAACCCUCCAGAAGCUCCCAGCAGAGACGCUGGCUGUCUGGAAGCUUCUCUUCAUCUUUGAUGGCCUCGAUGAAAGCAGACUUUCUCUGGACUUUAAGAACAGUCGGCUUGUUUCUGACCUCAAACAGAAGUCAUCAGUCAACAUUCUGAUGAUGAAUCUCAUAAAGGGGAACCUGCUUCCAUCGGCUCUCGUCUGGAUAACUUCCCGACCUGCAGCGGCCAAUCAGAUCCCUCCUUCCUGUGUUUCCAGGGUAACAGAGGUACGUGGCUUCACUGAUGCCCAGAAGGAGGAGUACUUCAGGAGGAGGUUCAGUGAUAAAGAGAUGUCCAGCAGGAUCAUCUCCCACAUCAAGACCUCCAGGAGCCUCUUCAUCAUGUGUGGGAUCCCACUGUUCUGCUGGAUCACUGCUACGGUUCUGGAGGACCUGAUGAACACAGAGCAAAGAGGAGAUCUGCCCAGGACCAUGACUGACAUGUACUCACACUUCCUGUUGGUCCAGACUAGAAGGAAGAAGAACAAGUACCAUGUAGGACAUGAGACGAGUACACAGGAGCUGAUGGAGGCUGACAGGGAAGUUCUUCUGAAGCUUGGGACGCUGGCCUUGGAACAUCUGGAGAAAGGAAACAUCAUGUUCUACCAAGAAGACCUGGAGCAGUGUGGUCUGGAUGUCAGAGAGGCCUCUGUGUUUUCAGGAGUUUGUACAGGGAUCUUCAAAAGAGAGAGCGUGAUCUUCCAGAAACCAGUCUACUGCUUUGUUCAUCUGAGCAUCCAGGAGUUUCUGGCUGCAGUCUACAUGUUCCACUGCGUGACCAGCAGGAAUACAGAGGUGCUGGAGAACUUCCUGGGAGGAAAACACAGAGAAACAUCUCUGGAGGACUUAAUGAAGAAAGUCAUGGAGAAAUCCCUCAGGAGUCCAAAUGGCCACCUGGACCUGUUUGCUCGCUUCUUUCAUGGCCUCUCUGUGAAGUCCAACCAGAGCCUCUUAGGAGGCCUGCUGGGUCAGAUGGAGAACAGUCCAGGAACCAUCCAGAGAGUCAUCAAAAAUCUCAAGGAGAUGAACACUUAUGGUAUCACUCCUGAUAGAAGCAUCAACAUCUUCCAGUGUCUGAUGGAGAUGAAGGACCUCUCAGUUUAUCAUGAGAUCCAACAGUUCCUGAAAUCAGAGAACAGAUCACAGAAGGAGCUCUCAGAGAUCCAGUGCUCAGCUCUGGCCUACAUGCUGCAGAUAUCAGAAAAGGUUAUGGAUGAGUUAGACCUGGAGAAGUACAACACAUCAGAUAGAGGACGACGUAGACUAGUUCCAGCUGUGAGGAACUGCAGAAAGGCUCGACUUGAUGGCUGUUCUCUCUAUAAGGCUGAAUGUGAAGUAGUGGCCUCAGCUCUGAAGUCAAACCUUCAUCUGACUGAAGUGGAAAUAGAGAAGAUCUGUGGAGAUAGAUCCUUUGGAGACUCUGGAAUGAAGCAUCUGUGUGAGAUACUGGAGAAUUCAAUCUGCAAAGUGAAGAAAAUGCUGAAAAGUGAUCGCUCCCUCUCACGCCUGGAGCGCAUGACUACAGAAACCAAAUAUGUUUUGGGCACCCCCUGAACUCACCCAGGGCUC